GCUUGAUAUUUUAUUUACAUUUUAACUUACUUUCAUCCUCUACAAUAAUUGAGUCGGAUCUAAGUAGUUUUGUGGCCGACUUUUCUUCUAAUUGUCUGUGAUUUAGUCAGUGCAUCCUCUGUUGCAGGUAACCAGAGAAAACAAGAACAGGAUGAAUAGGGAACUCUUCUGUGCUUUGGAAUUUGGUCAGGUUCCUGCUACCUUUCAAGAGUUUGAUCAGCGGUUCUCGCAUUUGCUAGACGACGUUACUUUCCAGGGAGAUACUCCUCUUCACAUUGCAGCAAGGAAAGGCAAUCUACAUCUUGUUCAAUGGAUUCUUCAACUGAAACCCUCUUUGGAUAAAUCUCGGAACAAGGAUGACAACACGCCACUCCACGAAGCUGCCAAAAGCAGUAAUCUAAACGUCGUCGAGUUUUUCCUGCAACUUGAAGAUAGAUCUGACUACCUGCAUUACAAUAAGUUUAGAGAGACACCUCUGGUGAUAGCUUCGCAGUAUGGCCGCGUGGAAAUUGUUGAACGUUUAUUGGUGCCGGAGGCCAGGUUAUCUGAAGAUCUAUUUGAAUGGGAUCGAUCUCUUGAAAAUGCAGCUUACAGGGGAUAUGAAGGUGUAGUUGUGGCAAUGCUCAACAAUAUACCCAGUCUGGUUAAUAUUGCCACGAUUCUGCGUACUGUCGUGCAAGGAGGAGAUCUUGUGUGCAUACUGUCGUGCAAGGAGGGCAUCUUGUGUGCGUACAGGCAGUGUUAAAUCAUAGUUCGUGGCAGAUCGGCUCAAUGAAGGACAGUGAUGGGUGUGGAAGAUGCGCAGUUCAUGUGGCAGCCAUGAAAGGCCUUUGGAACAUAAUCGACGAGUUUAUGACCAGAAUUCCAGAUUCCGUCGAAGUCCGCAGUUCAGAUGGUAAAUCUGUACUACACUUUGCCGUCGAACAUAAUCAAAUUCAGCUAGUGGAGAAUCUACUUGCAAAUAGGACGG